AUGGCCGCGAAAGUCGUGCCCGUGCCGGCCUACCCCCCCGACCCGAGCGCUCCGCCCUCAAAGUUCCGGGCGCAGGUCAGGGCCCUGGAGGAGAUCGCGGAGCGCGCGGGGGCGACUCUCGCGCUCACCACGCGCGCGUACGACGCCGCGCGGCGAUGCGCGGCGGCGCGCCUCGGCGUGCGCGACUUGGCCGAAGCGCUGCGGCGAGGACGACUCAGGGCGGGGAACGACGCGGGAGGCGGCCCGAAAAGUCGAACAACUCUCGAGUGGACCUCGUUAAGCGCGCUCGCGACCGGAUCCAAUCGAAAAUGUCGACUCAGCGACGACGACGAAGGCGGCGCGAGAUGCGCCGAGAGAUGCUCCUCGAAGCAGCUGCGCGUGGACGGCGGCGCGGCGGACGACUCGGGCGUGGCUUUCGUUCAGUUCACCUCCGGCAGCACCAGCCGGCCUCGGGGGGUAGCGAUCGGCCACCGACAACUCUCUCACAACUGCGCUCUCAUACGUCAACAGUUUGGCGUAAAAGUCGACGACGCGAACGUGUCGUGGCUGCCGCAGUACCACGACAUGGGCCUGGUCGGCGGGUAUCUGGUGCCGCUGACGAUACCGCCGGAGCCAGGGGCCAAACCCGCCGAGGUGACCUCCGCGUUUCUGUCACCCGCCGCUUUCAUCAAGGACCCAAUCGUCUGGGCGCUCGCCAUGUCAAAGUACGGCGCGACGAUGACGCAGGCGCCGGACUUUGCGUACAGGCUGUGCGCGGAACGGUUCGCGUUAGAACGGUCCGCGUCGUCGUCGCCCAGGCCGGGCGAGCUGAACCUGAGUAAGCUGCGGCGAUGCCUCAACGCGAGCGAGCGGAUCGACGCCGACACCGCGAUGAUUUUUUCCAGAGCCUUUGAGGAUUUUGGCUUUGACGUUCGCGCCAUGAGCGCCGGGUACGGCCUGGCCGAGAGCGUCGUGUACGUGUGCGACGGCGGGUGCUCGCACGAGACGGUCAGCGCGAGGCGUUUGGAGUGUGAUCUGAUCGCCGAGUGCGUGAGGUUCGACUCGAGGGGUUUAAAAAGUUUUAAAAGUUUUGACCCGGACGACGCGCGAAGGGUCGCGAGCUGCGGGGCGCCGCGCGGGGACGUUAAGGUUCUCGUCGUUGACCCUCAAACGCGGUUGACGCUGCAGGACGGGCGCGUCGGGGAGGUGUGGAUCGCCUCGCCGUCCGUCGCGCGCGGGUACUGGAACGAGACGAGUCCGCGGGAUGAUGACUCGCCGAACGGUCCGCCGCGGGCGCAUUACUCAUCACCCUUUGGCGCGACGCUCGCCGCUCGGUCGACGCUGUUCCGGCGCGGAUUCGCCGCCGAACACGAGAAGGAACGGUACCUUCGCACCGGAGACCUCGCGUACAUGCGCCGCGGGGAGCUUUACGUGGUGGGCAGGCUCAAGGACCUGAUCGUCAUCGGCGGCAGGAACAUCGCCCCGGAGGACGUGGAGCGAACCGUGCGCGAGACGCGCUGGUCGCAUCGAGGGCGCGGGGCGGGGAACGGCUGUAACGGCUGUAACGGCUGUAACGGCCACGUGGUCCGCGAGUCCCUCGCGGUCGUAGCGGAGGUUCGCGACGGCGUCGAGCUCGCGCCCGCGGAUCUCGGCGUGAUCGUCGACGGAAUCAUUCGGGCAGUUGCAAAGGCGCACGGCGUUACGAUGCCCCGAUGCCACGUGGCGCUGCUGAGAAAGAACGCCGCGCCCAGGACCACGAGCGGAAAGAUCAGGCGCGGGGAGUGCGCGAGGAGGUUCGUCGCGCGCGAGCUG